CUCAGCCUGUCUGUGAAUUUAACCGUCCUUGCCUGGUUAUGACACUAUUGUGAUCAUCUGCCUUUUUGAUUUUUUUUUUUUUUUUUAAAUGAGUGAAACAAACACUCAUUUAAAGUUGGUCAUUACAGCCUGUCAGGGUCCACUCUUCCAACAUGGACUUUGUUUUGGUUUUCCCACUGAUAGUUUGCUUGCUGUCACCCGGACAGAGUUACGCUGAGGUGACAGAUCAAGAGAGGAAAUGCUAUAGAAUGUGCCCACCAGGAUAUCAUAAAGUUGGUCACUGCAGUGAUCCAGUUGCAGUGCACAAAUGUAAAAAAUGUGGUGAUUCUGAAUACACAGAAAAAGAAAACACCUCUAAAGACUGCCUGAGGUGUAAAAUAUGUGAAUAUCAGGAAGUGCAAAUAAAGCCCUGCACCUAUAAUAGUAACACGGUCUGUGACUGUCAAAAGGGAUACUACUAUGAAGGCUCUUCCCUCAAGGAUAGAUACUGCCAGGCAUGCAACUGUAAAAAUUGUGAGGAGCCUGAUAAUGAUCCUGACUACAUCAUGAAGUGCCAGCCUUGCCAACGGAAGGAGUGUUUGGAAGUCCCAGAAUGCAAGAGGAAAUGUGCAGCAAGUCAUUCACGUCCACAUACAUCUACGGCUGCAACCAUGUCUGCAUCCACAUCUAUAAUUACUGCAUCUACAAAAACCACAGCUUCAAACAACAAAACGGACCCCAUCAAAAUUCGAGUUACACAUAACGCAAAGGAAAGUCCCUGGCUGAUUCUCGUGGUGUUUCUGGUGACAGUUAUGGUGACAUUUAUGGUGUUCUGUUUGCUGCUGUUGGUGUUUGCCAAGAACCCACUCAGAUUCAGCUGUCUCUGCUGGAGAACGAACAAAGACCUGGAACCGCCUGCCGAGGACCCCCCAUUCAGCGGGCAAAACUGUCAUCAAAGCAGCAGCCCAGACACGCAGACACUUCACAUAUCUGAGAAAACACCCAUGAUGACUAACAGCCACAGUCCAGCCCCACCCGAACAUCCAGCCCACAUCGGUCCUCUACCGCCAGACGCUGAACACAAAGCCGCCAGACAAGAUAAGCAAACAGAGCACUGGCCUGCCAUCGUCCUCUACGCGAUUAUCAAAGAGGUGCCCCUGCGUAGGUGGAAGGAGUUCUUGCGCCUGCUGUCGGUGGCUGAUCAGGAGCUGGAACGGGUGGAGCUGGAGGCCAGUUUUUGUCUGGGCUCUAUGGAGAGGCAGUACCAGAUGCUGAGGCUGUGGAGCCAGCACCCCUCUGCUAGCCUGAAUGAUGUCUUCUCAGCCUUGCACUACAUGGAUUUAUCUGGCUGUGCCCAGCUGCUGCAGGAAAGCCUGGAGAAGCUGAAUUGGAGCCCUGAAGUGAAGCAGGGUGUCAGUGGGACAGCGCAGGACACCUGAGGCUGGGGACACAAACACCAUACUGUCAUACAAUGACACAUCAGUGCUUCACCUGUGGACAUCAGUUCCUGGAAAGAACGUUACUAACUGUAGCCAUUACAUGGCACAACCACACAAAACUGCAAUGAUGUCACAGAUGACUCAUACUGAGUAAUGCAGAUGUUUAUUUUAAUCUACAAGCGGUUUACAAAGUAAUGAAAAAAAAACAGAAUAAAAGAGUAGAGAAACAUUACAAACGGCGUGGUUUGGGUCCACUUGUCCCCUCAAGAUCCAGACACACCAAAUCAAUGUCAAAGAACUAGUGGCAACUAAAGGUGACUGUUGCGUGGCCUCAUGGUGCCUGCGUCUCGCAAAAAAAAGAUGCAUCUGGACAAGCGUCAAAGACUAGAGUAGCAUGUACUGUAUGUUCUGCGCGUGCGUGAGAGGCCUAAUACAUAUAAGUGUGUUUUAAUCUUAGGCCCUUUUGAGCAGUGUUUUUUUUUUUUUUUUUUUUUACUUUCCUCACUUCCAUUUCUCUUCUUGUGCGCUGUGCUGAACUGUCAGUCAGAGUGAUUUCAACCACUGACAGGCGUUGCUGGCUUCAUCGCCAGUUCAACAUGCUAAAUCGUCUGGUAACAAAAGUGGACAAAGGACACACCGCAAAUACGAGGGAAACAUACUCACCGACAGCCCGCCAUUGACCAGGUGGUUUGGAGUAUCAGCGCCCUGAGACAGCAAAAACCAUCAUCAAAACACCAAAUGAGGGAAUAUCUUUAGGAAGAAUAAGGAGGUCAGGGACUUGAAUGACUAAAAACCUUAUUAGGACACAUUAUGUUGGGUUUGCCAUUAACGUCUCACCUGUCUGUUGUGUGUUACAUGGCAUUAUGGGGCACUGUGGAGAUCCUCAUUGGCCCAACUACAACUGGGGUAUCACCUCUUUUCCCACUUUCUUUAAAGGGUAAAGGGUAUCAAAUGAACUGCAGAUAAGUGCAUAAUAUUUGUGCUAGUUGUUGAGCUAUAUUUUACCUCUGACACUUGAAAUGCAGAAUGUACUGUACACAGAAAAUAAUGGAUUUGUUGCACUGCAGAGUCAGCAGCAGAACUGGAGGAGUGGCUUCCUCUAAUGCAUGGGACAACAACAAGAGUAGCACAACAAAAUAGUAAAUGGACUCCAUUUAUAAAGCGGCUUUCAACCAGACAAAGCACUUUGCAAGCUGCCACUUAUUCACACACCGAUGAUGCCAGAGCAGCCACGCAAGGCAUCCGGCCUGCUCAUCGGGAGCAACUCAGGGUUUCGGUGUCUUACUGAAGAAUACUUUUUGUGGACAGGAAGAGCUAGGGAUCAAACCGCCAAACCUUCUAAUUCAUCAUCAUCAGAAUCAGAAUCAGAAUACUUUAUUCAUCCCAAGGGAAAUUCUGUUCGUAACAGUGCUCCGCUCAACCACAACAAACAGGUAAGAAAAACAAGACAAUGCACAUAGUGCACAGAAUGACAGAAUAAACGAUAUACAUAGUGCAAAGAGCAGUGCGCAAGAAAUAAAUAAGACUGUACAAUAAGUGGGUCAUUUAUGAAAUAACCUGACACUGUGCAGUGAGUGUGGAAGGAUGACCUGCUCUACCCCUUGAGCCGUAGCCGCCCACAUAAAGGACAUUGAGACUUGUUACCACUCAGGCAGAACUCUAGUUAUCGAAGUGGAGAUUUCUUUUCCAAGAAUUAAGGGAAAUCCCCUCCUAUGAGGUCUACUGUCAAAACACACUCUCACACACCUCUUAACCUCCAGUUUCUCAUAUGCUCCCUCUUAAAGGCCAGCAGCUCAGGGUUGUGGUUUUAUUUCCGAAUACUGUAUUGUACAUAUGUGUAAAUCUGUGAGUGUGUAUUUGCAAAGCAGUGGUGAAAAGGGAGAAAAACUUCUUAAUUUAAAUUCCAAAGAGAUGUGAUUUUAUACCUCCGUACAUUGGUGCUUUUUUGUUCUCUCUUUAUUUUAUCAUUUAACUAGUCAAAGUAAAGACUCUUUAUCAGUUUGAUUAUUUAAACUGUGUGAAUAUUUUAGUGUGCAUCUAUGAUGUUUGAGCAGCAUGUUUGACGUCUCCUUUGUGUUUGCAGUGAAGGAAAGUCUUCUGUUACAACUCAGCUGCUCAUUCUUGUUGCGCACCCUUGUAAGGGAAGUAUACUGAAAUCCCCAAAGGACGUCAGAUUUUCAGUUUCCUGCAAGUAAAUGGUGUCAAGGUGCAGCAGGCUGGGUUUUUCCACACAUAUUCCAUCCAAACUGAUGGUUUCCUGUUAUGGGGUUGGGGUAUCUCACUUUGAGAGUUUUUGUGUGUCAG